AGCACUCAGAGCAGAAACGAAGCUUUUCUCGCAGCGGCGGCGUACAGCACGUACAAAAAUCCACUGCAAGACAAGAACACUUUCUUUAGUCACAUAGCCCUCCCCAUCCCGCCGUUUUUACCUGUUCAGUUGUUUUUUUGUUUGUUUGUUUGGCGCACUCCGGUUUGCUGACAUGGUAGAUUAUCACGCCGUCAAUAACCCGAGUGCUCCCGGCGGGCCGCAGCAGACCUACAUGGAGCAGGAGAACGACUGGGACCGGGACCUGCUUUUGGACCCGGCCUGGGAGAAGCAGCAGAGGAAGACGUUCACAGCAUGGUGCAACUCCCAUCUGCGGAAGGCUGGAACUCAGAUUGAAAAUAUUGAUGAGGAUUUCAGAGAUGGGCUCAAACUCAUGUUGCUGCUGGAGGUCAUCUCAGGUGAACGGUUACCCAAGCCUGAGCGAGGCAAGAUGAGAGUCCACAAGAUCAACAACGUGAACAAAGCACUAGACUUCAUUGCCAGCAAAGGAGUCAAACUGGUCUCCAUUGGAGCAGAGGAAAUUGUGGAUGGAAACACAAAGAUGACCCUGGGAAUGAUCUGGACCAUCAUCCUUCGCUUUGCCAUCCAAGACAUCUCUGUUGAAGAGACCUCUGCAAAGGAGGGUCUACUGCUGUGGUGCCAGAGGAAAACCGCUCCCUACAAGAAUGUCAAUGUGCAGAACUUCCACAUAAGCUGGAAGGAUGGUCUUGCCUUCAACGCCCUGAUCCACAGACACAGACCUGAGCUCAUCGAUUACGACAAACUCAGAAAGGAUGACCCAUUGACCAAUCUGAACAAUGCCUUCGAGGUGGCUGAAAAACACCUGGACAUCCCCAAGAUGUUGGAUGCAGAAGACAUCGUGGGCACGCUGAGGCCGGAUGAGAAGGCCAUAAUGACCUAUGUGUCCAGCUUCUAUCAUGCCUUCUCUGGUGCUCAGAAGGCCGAGACAGCUGCUAAUCGCAUCUGCAAAGUGCUUGCUGUCAACCAAGAGAAUGAGCACCUGAUGGAGGACUAUGAGAAGCUGGCCAGUGAUCUGCUGGAGUGGAUCCGGCAAACCAUUCCUUGGCUGGAGAACCGAGCCCCAGAGAAGACCAUGGCUGAGAUGCAGCAGAAACUUGAGGACUUCAGAGAUUACCGUCGUGUCCACAAACCACCCAAAGUCCAGGAGAAGUGCCAGCUGGAGAUUAACUUCAACACCCUGCAGACUAAACUCAGACUCAGCAACCGACCUGCCUUCAUGCCAUCAGAGGGGCGCAUGGUGUCUGAUAUAAACGGUGCAUGGCACACUUUGGAGGGAGCAGAAAAGGGCUACGAGGAGUGGCUCCUCUAUGAGAUGAGACGUCUUGAGAGACUGGAUCAUCUGGCUGAGAAAUUUCGCCAGAAGGCUAACAUCCAUGAAUGCUGGACUGAAGGUAAGGAGGCCAUGCUUACCCAGAAAGACUACGAGAGUUUGUCUCUGUCAGAAGUCAGAGCAUUGCUACGGAAACAUGAGGCCUUCGAGAGUGAUCUGGCAGCGCAUCAGGACAGGGUGGAGCAGAUUGCUGCCAUUGCACAGGAACUCAAUGAGCUGGAUUACUAUGACUCACUUAGCGUCAACACUCGCUGUCAAAAAAUCUGUGAUCAGUGGGACACCUUAGGAGCCUAUACCCAGACUCGUAAGGAGAACCUCGAGCGGACAGAGAAGCAGCUGGAGUCCAUUGAUGAGUUGUACCUGGAGUAUGCAAAGAGAGCGGCGCCCUUCAACAACUGGAUGGAGGGAGCAAUGGAGGAUCUGCAGGACAUGUUUAUCGUCCACAAUAUUGAGGAGAUCCAAGGCCUGAUCACAGCCCACGAGCAGUUCAAGUCUACCUUGCCAGAUGCCAAUAAGGAGCGUGAGGCGAUUCAGGCCAUCCAUGCUGAGGUGCAAAAGAUUGCCAGUGCAAAUGGUAUCAAGCUGAGUGGACUCAAUCCGUAUACAGCCAUCACACCAGAUAGCAUAGACCGCAGAUGGGACCAGGCGCAGCAGCUGGUGCCACAGCGUGACCAGGCCCUGCAAGGUGAGCUCACCAAGCAGCAGCAGAACGACCAUCUGAGACGCAAGUUUGCCACUCAGGCUAACAAAGUCGGCCCCUGGAUACAGACAAAAAUGGAGGAAAUUAGCAGAAUAUCCAUUGAAAUGAACGGCACUCUGGAGGACCAGCUUACAAACCUGAGGAAAUACGAGCAGAACAUAAUAGAAUACAAACCCAACAUUGACCAGCUGGAGGGAGACCAUCAACUCAUCCAGGAGGCCCUCAUCUUUGACAACAAAUACACCAGCUACACAAUGGAGCACCUCCGCGUGGGCUGGGAGCAGCUGCUAACCACCACUGCCAGAACAAUCAAUGAGAUCGAGAACCAGAUCCUGACACGGGAUGCUAAGGGGAUCAGCCAGGAGCAGCUCCAUGAAUACCGCACCUCCUUCAACCACUUUGACAAGGACCACAGCGGGGCCCUGAUGGCGGAGGAGUUCAAGGCCUGUUUGAUCAGUCUGGGCUACGAUGUGGAAAACGACAAGCAGGGUGAUGCGGAGUUUGCUCGCAUCAUGGGUAUCGUGGACCCGAACAACAGCGGUGCCGUCACCUUCCAGGCCUUCAUCGACUUCAUGUCCAGAGAAACAACAGACACGGACACCGCAGACCAAGUCAUCGCAUCCUUCAAGAUCCUGGCUGGGGACAAGAACUUCAUCACAGCUGAUGAGCUGAGGAGGGAGCUGCCGCCCGACCAGGCAGAGUACUGCAUUGCCCGCAUGGCGCCCUACACGGGACCUGACGCCAUCCCCGGUGCCCUCGACUACAUGUCUUUCUCCACCGCUCUCUACGGAGAGAGCGAUCUGUAGAGAGGAGCACCGCAUUGAAGAGGGAGAGGAGGAAGGGGGAGGGAGGUAGAGAGGUCAUCUUCAUCUGUUUCCAGACACCUGAAAUCCAGCAUUUUGACUAAACGAGGAGUGUGUAUGUGUGUGUGUGUGUGCGUUUGUGUGUGCGUGCGUGCGUGCAUGCGUUCGUGUGCGUGUGCCAGUUUAGAAAUCACCACAAAUGUCAGGGUUUUUGGUUUUUCUAGACUCUCUGAACAUAUUGAAGUUAUAUUUAGCUUUGACCAAACUUUUUUUUUUUUUUUUUUUUUUACAGAAAUUUUAUGUUAACAGAAAUCAGUGAUAGUUUGUUGUAAAGAUGUUUGGAGCAGCAUGUCUCGGGGUGGGUCUUGUGACAGUUGAUCUGUAGUCCAGGUUCUCUGUACCAGCUGCCUUUUUUAGGGGGGUCAUAUUCAGGGUGGUUGCUAAUUUGGCAUUUAUGAUGUGGGGGUGGGUGCUAAUCUGAUGUUUAUAUGGGAUUGGGUGCUAAUGUAGCGUUUGAUGCGGCAUGGGUGCUAAUCUGGUGUUUGUGGCACAGGGUGGGCACUAAUCUGGCGUUUGAUGCAGGGGUGCUCUUUGGGUCAUUAUUUCGGCGACUGGGUGGUUUUUGGUUUAAACUGCGAACGGUUUGUGUGUUUGAAGCUCCAGACAGAUGUGCUGCAGGUAUUAAACGGUGUUGAGAUGAAACAUUUACCAAUAAUUCCCAUGAUGCUCUAUGAGGAGACCUCUGACCUGUCCAACCUCUGUGCUCUUUUCCUCUUCUCAUCUUUGUCCUGAUGAAUUUGUUUAAUUUCUGGAGCGGUGUGGAUGGGGUGGGGGGGUGGGGGACUCUGUGCUGUAUAUACUUAUUUUUUCAGUGCGACAAACGAGAGUCCAGGGCUUAGAGAAUCAUUGGUCGCCUGCUCUCCAGUAUGGCAACGUAGUGGCAUUUAUAAAAAAUAAUAAUAAUAAAGAAUAAAUAUACAAAACACAGAAAUUAAAAAGCUUACAAUGACAAAGACAGUUUGGGUGUUUUGGUGUAAGCUUCCAGAAGUUCUUGACUAUUUUUCAAGAUUCUUUGAAUUCGGAACAGAACCUAUGAUGGAGUUAAUGUUGGUAGUGUUUAGAUGAUGCUCGUGUUCCUGAAGGUCUUCUCCCAUGACAGACCACGCUGUUGUUCACCGUAACCUUCUCCUUCUGAUCAAGUAUUCUUCUCAGUGGCCAUCAGGGGCUUAUUGAAAAUAAAACUUUUCCUUUGUCACUGCAGUAGCCAGAGUUUAGUUGGGUUUGUUUGUUUGUUUGUUUGUUUUAUACACACUGAACAAACCUGCAGAAAUCAUAUUUGAAAUGUCACAGAUGCAUUUGAUUGGCUGAAUGAAGGUUCUUGCACUUCCUGGAUUGAGCAGUUACGUUUGUAAGAAUUCUUCUGAGAACUGUAGUGGCUCCGGACCUGUUCUCCCUCUCUCUCCCACUCCUCCCGUACCUUCCCCGUUCUUCCAUCUCCUCACUUCCUUUUUAA